AUGAAUAGUUGUUCCGCCAAGUCACUUUUUUGCGUUUCAAAGGUUUCGAUGGUAAAUCCUUUUGCUGAAGAAAUGAGAGAGGAUGAUAUGUUUUUAUUCAAUAAUACAUUGAUACAUAACCGUUCUAAUGAGAGCAGUCAAGGUAUUCUGAUAGAUAAAAUAGAAAAUGAAAAAGUCCAAUUAUUAUCAUGCGAUGCCUAUUGGGACUGCACAGAUAUAAGAUUUACAGCUGAUGCAGUUUUUGCUGUUGCUAAAUUAUCGUGUGAUUUCAUUGAUAAAAUAGUAAGUACAAAAAUUUAUUAUGAUCAACCUCACUAUAUAAUUAAGAUGUUAUGCGCAAUUAAAUUAUCCAAUUCAAAAAAUAUGGGACAGAAACUUACAUUUGAUAGCAUAUUGUCCGUACUAGAGAAUGACGAUAGGAAACAUAAAAGAGCACAGGACGUAAUAAGGUCAUAUAGAAGGCAUCAUGAAUUACUAUUUGCAUUUGAAGACAGAGAAUAUAUUAAACAUUCCAAUAGAGAUGCGAUUAGAAAUUAA